AUGAAUACACUCUUAUCUGCUAUUAUUGUAGCACUCUGUUGCGUUACUUUCGCUUCUGCUACUGGUUAUGGUGUUGACUGCAGUUGCAGUUGUUGCGUUCCAAGCAAAAGAAAUGCAUGCACGCCAAUGCCGCUCACACCAAUUCAUUUAGAUAGCAAUACAUGUGACAACAGUGUAUGUGUUAAGUCUUGCAAUGAGAUAUAUGCAUUUUGUGAAUCAACCAAAGGAGUUAUGUCAAGUACAUGCAAAGAAACUGAUCCAGCUUCAUCAACAACAACAAUAGCUCCAUCAACAUUAUCAACAUCAGCACCAUCAACAUCAUCAACAGCUGCACCAACAACAUCAACAGCUGCACCAACAACAUCAACAGCUGCACCAACAACAUCAACAGCUGCACCAUCAACAUCAACAGCUGCAACAAUUACUUUCACAGCAUCGACAUCCUCUGCCUCAACAGGAACCGUGUCGACUUCAUCUGCUUCAACAACAGCAUCGUCACCAUGGCCUACAGCUAGCACCACAAGUGCAACUGGAGGUAGCACAACUACAAGCUCAGGCAUGAGCACAAGCACAGACGUCAGCCCAACUACAACUACCACCGGAAGUCCAGUUACAACUACCACCGGAAGUCCAAUUACUGUCUCAACUUCAGCUAUGUCUACCACAACAGGUUCAAGUUCUGCUAGCACAAUCAAAUCUUUUUUUCAAGUUUCCCAUUUUCUUCUCUUUACUAUUGUGCUAACAUUUUUAUAUUUGUAA